CGCUCCUUCACUCACACCCUCUAUUUCGUAUAUAAACAAACGCAUUUUGGGCUCAUUAUAAACCAUUUCGAAAUCCUAGAAAAUUGGUAGCUAAGUGUCAAUGUCGAAGCUGCGGUAUCCAUCAUGCUUCCGAAUACCAGUAUAGUAGACAUCCUCACCGGGAUAGCAGCCGGUUUCUUCUUAUUGGGGAAUCCUACGCCUUCUACCAAGCCCAAUGGCACAGCGCAUCUCGCUCUAGAGCAACCCUUCACCUUCGCAGCCCAAUACUUCACCAACCUCACCAUCGGUUCCCCACCACAGCCCCUAUCUUUCCUCCUAUCCCUCACACCCGUAUCAACCGUCGCCGCGGCGCAAGACUGCACACACUGCUGCGUCGAAGGACGGCGUUUCGACCGCGCCAAAUCCACUACAUACCACCGCCCCGAUGGAGACAAGAGGCCGAUAGAUUCAGACCACGAUCUAAUCCGAAUCUCCGGCAUCGAGGCAUAUGAGACCUUCACUCUAGGCGAUGACGGCCUAGUUAUUACCAACCACACAUUCGUAGACGCAGACCACUUCGCGCCUUGGGAUGGCGUAGACUUCGAACCAGUGUGUUACGAGGGUCUCCUAAGCCUCGCCCCAUCAGAUUCCUCAUCAUCGCUUUUCGCCCAUUUAGCUGAAUCCAAACUCCUAGAGCGCAAUAUCUUCACCCUCCGUCUUCGCGAACCUAUGACUCUCACACUUGGCGUCGAAGAUUCCUCAUCCACUGCCAUCACUAAGGAUAAGCUCACCCGCCUCCCUCUACUGCCUCAAGCCACAAACUGGCAAACCCACCUCUCCUCCCUCUCCCUAUCCGCCUUCACGCAGGGCUCAUACUUCCCCCUCCCACCCAACACAACCGCACUUUUCACCCUCGGGUCUCCACUCAUGCGUAUACCUCCCCCCAUCCUAACACCCCUUCUCCGCUCCCUAAACUUCAGCGGCCUCGAUGAUGAUGAUCCGCUGUACCUACCCCCGCAUGUACCCUGCACGCAACGGGCUAGUAUGCCAGAUGUACUCUUCGAUUUCAGCGGGAAGAAAGUCGGGAUCUCGGCGUUUGAGUAUACUAUUGAGUGGACUAUCCCAGAUGAAAUACGGAGACAAAUGAAAGGCAAAGCAGAUGGGGGAGGGAUUGAGGGCGAGACGAUAUGUAUAUCCGCCUUCGCGCCGCUGGUUGCGGGUGAAGUCGUUGAGCUUGGGUCCGCGUUUUUGAGGGCGUUUUAUUCGGUGUUUGAUUUGGAUAAGGGGACUAUUGGACUUACGCCGCUGGAUGGUUAGUAUUUUCGCUACGAGACUAUCCUCGUCGUUA